UGUAAUAUCACAUCGAGUGGGUACCCCAGAGCACACAAGCACACAUAUGGAUGCUCCAUAUCACUUUGCUAAAUUUGCCUGGAAACUGGACCAGAUUCCCUUUGCAAACCUCCAUGGUCCUGGUGUUGUCCUCGACCGUGAAAAGGUGAAAAAGACACCACCAGGGGAAGAAGCAACUGUAGAUAUAUCAGAUGCUGAAGCAUGGGAAAGUAAAUAUGGGCGAAUUCCUAAAGGUGCUAUUGUUAUAAUGAAUUCUGGUUGGUCUAAAUACUGGCCUGAUGCUAACAAGUUUGUGGGUUCUGAAGAUGCAUUUGAUCCAAGCAAGCCAACUGUGUACCCAGGAAUGAGCGGGGACCUUGCUAAAUGGCUUCUUUAUAACCGUGAUAUAGUAGGUGUAGCAAGUGACACUAUCAGUUGUGACAGGGGAUCUGAUUUGGAAUGGCCAGUACACAAAAUUCUGCUACCAGAGAACAUUUGGUGUGCAGAAAUGGUCACCAACAUAGACCGCAUACCAGUAAAUGGGGCUGAGCUGUAUUUCUUGCCAAUGAAAAUCAGAGAGGGAUCAGGUGCUCCUGCUAGAGUGUUUGCAGUGUGGAAGGAUAAAAAAGAAGAGUGAAAUUAUGUAAUGAGCGUUUUGAAUGCAGAUAUUGACAAAACACACUUUAGAGUUUAAUUGACAAAUGUCAUCAGUUUAAAUGAUGACAGUUAGACAAUUAUUGCAUCAACUCCAACUGUCAUAAUGUCUAAAUUGAUUAAUUUCUUAGCCUUAAAACUCUUGAAUAUAUUACUCUGGCAAGUAUGUCAUUAGCUUGUAACAAUUUGAUCAAAGUUGUUGUUGAGCAAUAUGAUUUGACUACGCUGUCUACAAAAUAUGUCUAAGUUGAUUGUUGUAAAUUACAGCAUGAUACAAUGUAACAAAACUGAUUAUUUUAUCUGAGUGAAUGUAUUGGUUGUAUAAUAUAGUUACUGAC